AUGGAUCCUUAUAUUCAACAAUGUAGCUUUCAAAACCUCUUGAACAGUCAACAACCCAACAAUCAGUGGAAUGAGUCUGUUGAGUCUGUCUCUGCGUCUGUCCCUCGUGAGCCUUAUCAGUCUUUCCCUCGUGAGUCUUAUCAGUCUGUCCCUCCUGAGUCUGUCUCUGCGUCUGAUGCCUCUGUUCCCAAUGGCAAUGAUGAUGGCAAUGAAAACGCAAAGACUGUGACUCCUGAACGUAAAGAGAGGCGUAAGUGGUCACCAACAGAAGAUGGUGUGCUGAUAAGUUCUUGGUUGAACACUUCCAAGGAUGCAUUGGUGGGGAAUGAGCAGAAGGCAAGUGCAUUUUGGAAACGAAUUGCGGCUUACUAUGCUGCGAGUCCCAAGCUAGCUGGUGUGAAGCCGAGAGCGUACAACAACUGUAAAUCUAGGUGGGGGAAGAUCAAUGAAGCCGUGUGUAAGUUUGUUGGGUGCUUUGAAGCUGCAACGAAACAAAGAUCGAAUGGACAAAACGAGGAUGAUGUCUUGAAGAUGGCUCACGAAAUUUACUUUAAUGAUCACAAGCAGAAGUUCACAAUGGAGCAUGCAUGGUUAGAACUUCGAUACGAUCAGAAAUGGCUCGGAGCUUCUACUACUAAGGAUAAAGUCAAGUCUAAAAGAAGGAAGGUGGAUUCCCAGACGGCACAGUCAUCAUCCUCUGUGCAAGAUGGGCAUGGAGAGGAAGCGAUGACUCGGCCAGUUGGGGUUAAAGCAGCAAAGGGAAAAGGAAAAAAACCAAUGAGGAAGCAAGCUACUUGGGAAGAGGAAGAGAAGGAGAGGAAGGAAUUAAAGAACAUAUGGGAGAUUAAGCAAGCCGAUUUUGCUAACAAGCAAACUCUUAACAAGCAAAAGUUUCUAGAUAGCCUCAUUACCAAGACUGAACCUUUAACUGAACUUGAAAGUGACAUUGACAGAAGACACAAGCAUGUGGAGCAUCUCCUUUCUAACGUGAUGUCUCUAGCUGGAGAAUCAGAGCAUGUGGAGCAUGUCCUUUCUAACGUGAUGUCUAGCUGGAGAAUCAGAGCAUGUGGAGCAUGUGGAACAAGAAUACAUGUGAGACAAGAAGACAUGGGAGUAGACACAAGAAGACAUGUGACUAACAGGGCUUAA